AUGGAUGAAUGGAAUCCGGGAGACAAGGCUUCGAUCUCAGAGGAAAACUGGACACGUGAUUUAUUUCUGCAUAAACUAAUGCAUGGAUUGCAAACAUCUGACUUUGACUGGUCAGAUUUCAGUGCGGAACAGACAGACAGAACGAUAAAAGAAUUAGACAAGAGACUAGGGACAUCCAUUCAUCCAAAGGAGGAUUACAAAGUCCCGCGCGCCGCAACACGAAAAUGGACUUUCAAGAAGGGAAAAGCCCAAACUCUUGGUUAUACAUCGGAAGAAUACGAGGUCGUGACGGAAGAUGGAUACAUUUUAACCCUCUUCCGCAUACGAGGUAAUAAAGACCCCGUGCUACUAGUACACGGGUUCUUAGACUCUUCAGACACCUAUAUCAUCAGGGGAAAUCGAUCUUUAGUUGCGAACUUGGCACAAAACGACUAUGAUGUAUGGUCAGCCAACGUCAGAGGUGGCAGGUACAGUAGAAGACAUCUCAGACUGAACCCUGAUGGGGAUGCGAUGUUCUGGGACUUUAGCUACCACGAAAUAGGUUAUUACGACCUUCCAGCGAUUAUCGACUUCAUUCUGGAUAGAACUGGUAAAGAUCAGCUCAGUGCGAUUGGACAUUCGCAAGGGAACACUAUCUUUUACGUUCUGGGUUCCACGAGACCAGUUUAUAACAAGAAGGUGAGAGUCAUGAUUGCUUUGUCCCCAAUCUGCUACUUCAACAACGUGAAACCUCCAUCGUCGACAGUGCUGAAGUCUGUGCCGUUAAUUUCGAACGUCCUACUGAAGACCGGCGAGGAAGAAGUCUUUGGUGACAAAACUGUGCUCCGGCUUGCGUUGAGGUACUUCUGUGGUUGUAAAGAGUGUUACAAUAUCUGUGCUCGUGGUGUCUUCUUCCCCAUCGGCGGUAACGAUCCAGAUGAGAUCGAACCUGACUUCUUCCCCACGAUCAUCGAACAUUAUCCAACAGGUUCCUCGAGAAAGAACACUGUCCACUUAGCUCAGGGGUACCUAAACAGUUUCUCCCAGUUCGACUACGGCUCGAAGAACAACGAAGUUUACGGACAAAGCUACCCACCAAAAUAUGAUUUGCGCAAAGUCAGUAUGAGAAUUGUGCUCUUGGCUGGGAGGAACGAUGGACUAGCGAGUCUCAAAGAUGUGGAAACGCUGAGAGACCGUCUACCGAAUGUGGUAGAGUAUAAGGUGUUAGACUAUAAGUUGAUGAAUCACAUUGAUUUCGUAUGGGGACGGAAUAUGGAUAAAUAUUUGUUUCCUUAUAUUAUUAAUGCGCUGAAUAGGUCUUAUUAA